AUGGAGGUGGCCAUGGCCGCGCUGAAGCUUUUACUGAAGUUGCCUUUCAAGCGGGCCCAGUUCGAAGAAGCUUCCCUGACUUCGGUCGUGAAGGCGUUGCGAAGAAAGAAUAGUUCUACACAGGAUUUGAUUCGGCAGCUUUGCUUGCGCUUCACUGCGAAGAGGGAGACCAAAGCGCCGCCUGCGGCACCAGCGCCCUGCCCCGAUCCUUCGAGCGACGUCGACGCAGAAGUUCCGUACAUCCGGUUCUGUGCUGGGCAGGAAACAUCUGCAAACAUGGACGAGGGUGCCGAGGGCACCAAAGCAUUGGAAGAGGCAGAUCCCAUGAGCAUGUCCGAAGCCAAGCUUUCCUCCAAUCUGCGAUCUUUCAGCAGUGCUGCUGACGGCGAUGGUGAUCACUGGCAAUUGACCGGUAGUGACGGCAACUUAAAAGGCGUGCCAGAUGGAACCCAUCAUGUCGCAGAUCCGAAACGACAAAGCAAUGAGGUCAAGAAUGCCACGGUUCGAAGCUUUGGUCUUGCGAGCGGGUCGGAAGGCCCAAGAAAGCCUCCUCCAGAUGCUUCGGCGAAUCCUCAUCGUGCGAGCCGGUCCCACAAAGAUGGAACUGCGGAGAGCGCAUUUGCCUCGGAAGGUCCGGAGAGCUUCCUAGCACAUGGCCCACAGGCCCCUGCCGACAGCCCAGAAGUGGUCGAGGUGGUUGAGGAUCUCCUCGACUAUGCCAGCAAGCCAGAUGUCCCACAGCAGGUUCCGACCUCUCUCAGUGGAUCGAGGUGGGUGGAUCCGGUGGACGCUCGCAUGGAGGCCAUCAUCUACCAGCUGCAUCAGCUUGGAGAUCUGGCGGAGCAGCUGGGCAUCGGCACCCAAAAAAAGGGCGGAGCCGCAGUCCAGGGUGUGCCAGAUGCACAGGAGAACCUGCAGCGCUUGAAAGCACAGCACCCCGAGUGGAAGACGUGGGCAGCCUACGGAGAAACAGAUGCGACGAACCAGCUCUCGCUGAAUUUUUGGCUGGGCCGAUGA